GAUUAAAUGCAGUGACUUUUAUCGUGUUUUCCUACUUCUUUACCUCGUCUCUUUCACUGUGGUGACGUUUUUACUAUUACUAAGUGUGUUUUAUUAUCACGACGGAUUUUUGUUGUUGUCGAAAAUCGACUUUACUGAGCAGGGCUGUAGUUCAUAACGCCGCCGCACCCCUGUUGAUUACAGCCAUACGUUCUGACGCAACAUAAUGAUCGACACGCCUCGCAGCCAAUCAGCUUUGACUACACACCCCGACGCAACUUCCUGUACAGAAAUGCCAGUAAGCCAACAUGGCGUCCAUGAUAGUUGCUUGACAGCGUUGUUAACGCAGGGAACAGAUCCGAUAGUUUAGCGCGACUUCAGUUACAGUUAGGUUAUUUUAGGUAGAAAGCCGCACAGUGAACCACACGUGUUUGGGGGCUUGAAAUGAAGGGCAAAGAGCGGUCGCCGGUAAAGAAACGACCCAGAGCGCAGGAUGAGGGCAGUAGUAGAGACCGAGGAGGGAGCUACCUGAGCAGCAAGAAACUUGCACUGUCGAUGGUCGGCAGCAACGGGUCUGGUCAGAGCGGAGCGCCCUCCAGGAAGGGUUUAACCACCGAGAAAAGGGAUAUGGACACACAUAUAGCUCUUAGCCGGCCAGGCAGCGGUUACGACCACAGAGUUAUGUCGACGAACAAGCCGCACGCUGGCGCCGACGUUGGUGCGGAAGCGUCCAGGUCCUCUCUACGCAGCGAACCGCGGCCUUCAGCCAACUCAGAAAGUGAGUAUAAUACCCUAAAGAUUAGCGAACUGGGCACCGAGCUGAACGAUGAGGAAAUAGAGGACGGACUUUUCCACGAGUUCAAGAGGUUUGGGGACGUGAGCAUUAAACUAAGUCGAGAAAACGACGAAAGAGUGGCGUUAGUGAACUUCAGGAGGUCCGAAGACGCCCGGGCGGCGAAACACGCCCGCGGCAAACUGGUGCUUUAUGACCGCCCGUUGAAAAUAGAUAUUGUGCACAGGAACAGACGUGGCCGUUCUCCAAUUUUAGACUUUUCCGCAGGACACCGGUAUCUUCACCCGCAGAGGGCUGUGUCCCCGACUAGCAUGGGCUACAGAGACUACCGGCUCCAACAGCUUGCUAUGGGUCGACAUCCUGCUGCUGCUGCUGCUGCUGCUCCUCCUCCUCCUCCCAUUCCUCCACCACAUCACAUCACAAGAAACCUGGAACGAGAGAGAGACUUCCCCGUGUAUGAAGCCAGAAACCGACCAUCAUUCAUUCCUGAAUGUGCAGCUUUCCGUGAUGAGGACCCCGAAGAGGAACAGAGGGCGAACAGAACUUUGUUUCUUGGCAACUUGGACAUCAGUGUUAAAGAGGAGGACCUAAGGAGAGCGUUUGACAGGUUUGGGGUCAUAACAGAGGUGGACAUAAAGCGAGCAACACGAGGCCAGAACAGCACAUAUGGAUUCAUCAAGUUUGAGAAUCUUGACAUGGCUCAUCGUGCCAAAGUAGCAAUGUCAGGAAAGUUAGUGGGCCACAACCCGGUUAAAAUUGGAUAUGGAAAACCAACGCCCACCACUAGGCUCUGGGUGGGAGGACUUGGACCUUGGGUUCCGCUCGCUGCUCUGGCUAAAGAGUUUGACCGUUUUGGCACCAUCAGAACUAUUGACUACAGAAAAGGUGAAGCAUGGGCUUAUAUUCAGUAUGAAAGUUUGGAUGCUGCCCAGGCUGCAUGUAACCACAUGAGAGGCUUCCAUCUUGGUGGUCCAGACAGGAGGCUCAGGGUGGACUUUGCAGACACAGAGCACCGCUACCAGCAGCAACAGUUCAUGCAGCUCCCUCUGCCUCUGCCUCUGCCGCACUAUGACUUAGUUUCUGAGCCCUUUGCCCACGGUCUCACUGACUCUGUGCGAGUAAGAGAGCGGUCACCGCCACGCUUCAGGGACAGAGACAUGUACCAAGCGGCUGGAUGGACCGGUCUCGGUGCCCAUGACAGGACACAUGGAGCAGGCUUCGAUCCUGUGGACCGUCUGGAGAGGCGUUCGCGUGAAGCUUGGACACAGGACCACGAGAGAGAGUUGCAAAACAGAGAUAUCGGCCACAAAAGAAGACAAAUGGAAAAUGGUUGGUGGCCUGAUCGCACAGCCGACAAUAAUGUUCCACGUCGUCAUGGCAACUCUCUAGAGAGGAGCCCGGGAGGCAGUAGCGGAGAUGGGGACAAAUACAGAGACCCUGAGCGUCUACCUCGCUCUGGAAGACCUUCACCUAACAAAGAACAGCUUAAUAUUCAGGACACUGGCUUUAGAGAUAAGCGGAGAAGAGCACAAAUCCCAGGGGAACCGGGCUCAUCUGACUGGGACCAUAAACACAAAGCAGGCGACUCUAAAAGCCCAGCAAAGAAGGAGAACCAGUCCGAGCACGCUUCUAAAAUAUCCUCCUCAAAGUCAAACCAGCAGCCAAAGGAACCAGAGGGAGGACAGAAGCUGAGUCAGGUUUGGCAAGGUGUCCUUCAGCUGAAAAACACCAGUUUUCCCACAUCACUCCACCUCCUGCAGGGGGACAAGACGGUGGCCACCAGUCUGCUAGUGAACAGCCCCUCCGGUGAUCCGGUGGGCCAGCUGAAGAUCAGCCAGCGCCUGCGUUUAGACCCACCCAAGCUGGACGAAGUCUCCCGUCGCCUCAAGGCCAACGCCUCCGGUGGAUACUCCAUCCUUCUGGCUGUGCCUGAAAACAAAGAUGUGGCUCCCAAUCCCAGUAGCUCCACGGAGAAAUCUCUGAAGUACCUGGUGUCGUACCUGGCGCAGAAGGAGGCGGCUGGUAUAAUCAGCCUUCCUGUGGGGGGAGGCGACAAGGACAACGGAGGAGUCCUUCACGCUUUCCCCCCGUGUGAGUUCACAAAGCAGUUUUUGGAUGCCUCUGCUACAGAGUUCCUCAAAGCAGAGGACGACUACUUGGUGAUGGUCAUAAUCAAAGGAGCAUCGUAAUAAAAAAAAUGUUCAUAAAUAUGUCUAUUUACACCAAUAUACUGUUAAACUUUGAGCUGUUAAAAAAAAAUAAUAGGGAACACGUCCUGCAUUGUAGCCCUUGUCUCAUGUUAAAAAAAUGAAAGUCACUUUGUCAAGUUUGUUAACGAGUGCAUUAUUUAUAAGUAAUGUGCUGAAAUAGCAGUUUAAAAUCCCGACUGAGUGAUAGGGCCAAAAAACCUCAUGCUGAUAAAAAUGUCAUUUAAGAACCAAGUUAGAAAUAUGUCAAAUGUUGCUUAUGGGUUGUUCAAUCCAUGUUGACAAGACUAGCAAUAAAUGUUGUUUCUUAUUUUUAUUUGCUUUAAAUUUUCAACUUAAAUUUUCAGUUCAUUAAUUUUGUAUUAUUCAUUGGUGUGCAGCAUUCUCUCAUCAUUCCUAUGGCCUGUUUUUUUUUUUUUUUACCAUAGGAACCCAGACUGAUGUGGUCAAGAACUUAGUAUUAAAGUUAACAUGUUCAACAGCAACACCUUGAGGUUAUUUCUAUACAUUGCAGUUUUCAUUUAUUCAUUGUUUCCAAUUGUUUGUGGUAUUGACAAAAAACAACAGUGAUUUAUAAUAUGCAGUUAAAGUCAUAUUUUUUUCCAUAUUUUUUCGCAAAACUUGUUUGAUUUUUUUUUAUUUUAACGUUAUUGGGAUCAUUGAACCGAGUUAUACUGAAGUUAAUCCUCAAUUUCAAAUGAUCAGUAAUCGUUCUCACUGUUCUAGACUUGGUUCUUUCAGCAUCUACAGUUUUUGCUUUGAUAAAGAAAAGAAACAAUUAUUCAGAUAAAUUGGAAACAAUAUUUUUCCUCUUGUUUAACACAUUAUUUAUACAGAAAAUGUGCAGAUUGUUUUUUUGUUAUGAUUUUAGUUCACAACAAAUACCUUUAAAAAGUAAAAUAACACACUUCAGUCCAGUAGCUGUGUGUUUUGGGCAAAGAUAAGAAGUUAACGAAACGCCAACAGACUUUUUUUUUUCACAUCUCAAUGUUAUCAUAAUAUUACAGGUGCAAUGCAACAUGAGCCAGACUUUAACGUUACUGUUUUUCACAUCUUAAAACACAUCAGUUUUACUGUUUUUGUUGUGGUCACGUCCUGAUGUAACCACGCUAAAGGAAAACAAAAACAUAAAAGUGAGUGACUGAGCUGUUGUUAAUUGUAAUUACUGGAUGAGACAAAGUUACAUCUCAGAGAAGGUUCAUGUUGCAUUGUAUGUGUGUUGAAGUUUUGAACACGUGUUGAAUGUGAAACGUUUUUGCAACAAAUGUUUUGUUUUUAAUUACUUUACUAGCAUAAUUAACUGUUGAAAUCACAAGCUUUGCUUAAACGUGUUCAUGCCGGGCUCUUAUUUUGAAGUUCUAUAAAUACCAGAUUCCAGUUUUUUGUUCUCCUUUAUUUGUUUGAAAUGUGUUCGAACAUCUCUUGAUUGAUUUUCUUUACUUGAGUUCUCACAAAAGUCUUAGACAUGAGAACUACACCACACGGUGUUUAAUGUCAACCACAAAGUUCUGCCCUGUGGCUCAGUGGACCCGUGUUACGCACCUCUUUGAACGCACCAGAGGACAGACGGCGGCGGCGGCGGCCUUCCUCUGACGGCCUGCCAUUGAUUUAUUUUUUUCAUGCUUUGAUUACGAGUGCUGUGUUUCAAACUGGAGAAAGUGAAGAGAUUUGUUCUGUAAACUCAGGAUUUCAGGAGAGAGAAACGGAGAACGCCUUCGGCCUAACAGAAGUUUACCUAACUGUCAGAAAAACAAACCCAACGUGCAGCACGCACUAGCUUUUGUGUCAAUAAAUUUACUCAUUCGUGGGAAA